GUUUACUUCGUGCUUUGAAAGUGUUGUGUAGCUAGUCCAGCUCUUGUGAAAAAUAGAAAAAAACAUAAUUUUUUUUCUUCAAAAUUAUUUGUUGUUUUUAGUGCAUCGUGUUUCAAUUUCGUGUUUUUAAUACGAUAGAUACUCAAAAAACCCAAUUUACGAUUUUCGGUGCAAACGAAAUUCGCAGUCGCAUUUAAAUCGGUCCGAACAGGCAUCUAUAUAGAUAUAGUUUCCAAAGAGCUCCCAAGAUGAACAAGAUGCGAAAUGUUCUGAAGCUUGUGGCCCAGCAACGCCUGCCGAAUGUUAUUCAAAUUCGCAAUUCCUGCGGCGAAAGCAAGGUUUCCAGGGGUCUGGUGGUUGGUCUUUACCAGAAGGAGGGCGACAAGGACCCCAAACUAACGCCAGCUGGCGAAAAGAUCAACGAUCGUCUGCACGGCAAGCUGAACGAGCUGAUUUGCGAAACGAAAAUCACUGGCCAUCUGGGAAGGGGCAAGGUGUUCAACAACGUUGAUCCCGAAUUCAAGAGUUUGGCGGUGGUUGGCGUCGGUCUCGAGGGCAUUGGCUUCAACGAACUGGAAAUGCUGGACGAGGGCAUGGAGAAUGUUCGUGUGGCAGCUGGAAUCGGAGCGCGAUCUCUUCAAGAAAUUGGCGUAUCAGAGGUCUUUGUGGAUGGCAUGGAUUAUGCGGAACAGGCGGCCGAAGGUGCCGUUCUCGCCAUUUGGCGGUAUUGUGACAUGAACUCGAAGAGGAAGGGCCCUCACAUUCCCAAACUGGAGCUCUACGAAUCGCCCGACUACGAUAGUUGGACCCGGGGCGUCUUCAAGGCGGAGGCGCAGAACUUGGCUCGCAGGAUGUGCCAAACGCCCGCCUGCUGCAUGACGCCCACUCUGUUCGCCCAGGCGACCGUGGAUGCCCUGUGUCCGUGCGGCAUCACUGUGGAGAUCCGCACCAUGGAAUGGAUCGAGCAGCAGCGCCUUCACUCCUUCCUCAUGAUUGCCAAGGGCAGUUGCGAACCGCCCGUUCUGAUGGAGAUCACCUAUUGCGGCACGAGUCCCGAGGAUAAACCGGUUUUAUUCCUGGGCAAGGGAAUAACCUUUAAUUCGGGUGCCAUAAACCUGAGGCCAUGCCAGGGCAUGGAUGAGUAUCGGGCUUGCAUGUCGGGUGCGGCAUCCUGUGUGGCCAUGAUGCGAUGUUGUGCGGCAUUGUCCCUGCCCAUCAAUGUCUGCUGCAUUAUUCCGUUGUGCGAGAAUAUGCCAUCGGGCAUGGCCUGCAAGCCGGGCGAUGUUGUCACCCUGAUGAAUUCCAAAUCCAUGGCUGUAAGGGAUCUGGACAAGGCCGGCGUGGUUGUGAUGGCGGAUCCAUUGCUCUACGGCCAGACCACAUAUAAACCCCGCUUGGUUGUGGACGUGGCCACCUUGGGUGAAGGUGUUAAGAAGGCUUUUGGCGGCGGUGCCUCGGGAAUAUUCUCGAAUUCCCACUACAUUUGGAAGCAAUUCCAGUCGGCGGGUGCUCUGACCGGCGAUCGAGUCUGGCGAUUGCCGUUGUGGAACUACUACAAGAAACAGGUCACCGAUGAGAUGGGCUACGAUAUGAGUAAUGACGGUCGGGGAUUGGCCAGUUCCUGUUUGGCGGCAGCUGUGCUUCACGAACUGGUUCCCUGCGUGGAUUGGGCCCAUCUGGACACCCGAGGCACUGGCAUGCUGACGAAGUUCGGACUGAUACCCUACCUCACCAGCAAAUACAUGACGGGCCGACCCACUCGCACCCUGGUGCAGUUCCUCUACCAAAUGGCCUGUCCCGCCGAUCCAAAGUGAAGGAUUCGGAUGGCAAGUCGGCGGAAUCCGAUCUGAGUCGAAUCGAAUCGAAUUGCACGCCAGUGCCUGGCAUUGCAAAGAUGGUUUUAUGAGAUGAGAUACAUGUCGGUAUAUUCACGCAACGUGGGUGCGGCACCUGCUCCCCAUUUAGAAUGUUUUGUGAGCUGUCCUUGUGGAGUGGCGAAUUAUCUUCGAUGUCUGUUGAGUGUCCAUUGUUUCCAAAUCGAGUGUAUGACAUGUGUGUAAAUAAAAAUAUAUAGUUUUUUAAAAAAAGA